CACACACACACACACACACACAACCAGACACUGACUCACACACACAGACUCCUUCACUGCAGUCACAACCACCCUUGCCAUUGUCUCAGAUAUUUGGAUUCCUGGAGGCUUUUCUUAAUUUCUAGGCCUAAUAACCGAGUUUUUACGUGGCUUUACCGUGAAGUGUGUAGGCCUCUUAUCUUAGGCCUCCUGUUUUUGCUGUUAUUUUUGUGUUUACGCUCACUGUGGACAUGGAUGACCAGCAGGUGUUACGGUCUGCCCUGACUAGCGGCGUGAUGGUGAAGAGGCAGGACGGUUCCUAUCAUUGCCUCCCUUGCGAGAAAACCCCUUCUGAGGCCUUGCCGCACCUCAAGGGCAGGGACCAUGACAACUACCUCGUGUGGUACAUCCUGCAGCACCCUUCGCCCUCUCAGGAGCUCCUCAACGCCCUCCCACUUGAUGUACGCGAGGCAAAGCGCUCUAACAAAAUAGAGUUGGUGGACAGGGCGCACUUCUCCUACAAAUGCCGCGUGUGUCCCAAGAAAAACCAGUUCACCGGGAUCGAACCCUUGAAGAGUCAUCUCAAUGGGAAUGACCAUAAGAAAGCCGAAAAGAAUAUGCAAGUUUCCUCCUUGGUCCCCAGCCAGACCCAGUCUCCCGCAGGUCCCAUUCACGUGCCCGGUGUCCCACAGAUCCCCUCACCGUCUUAUGUCCCGCAGCACAUCCCUCCCUACGGCGCCGCCCAACCAACGCCAUUGAAUACCAGCGUGACACCUUCGCUGGGGGCAGAAGUUGUUCCUCCUGAAGUGAAGUAUGCUCUGGAUGGUCGUGUGGUGGAGAGGGGCUCAGGUUCCUUCUACAAGUGCCUGAUGUGUACCAAGGACUUCACUGGAGUCGCCCCUUUGCUGGAACACCUGAGGAGUGAAAAGCACAAGAAGAAGGCCGCACAGUACGUCCCUGACCUCAGCAGACUCUCGAUUACUUCUGAUCAACCGAAUCAAGACAACGUUCGUCUAGAGUCUUUACCGAUCGGUGUGGGCAGAAGUGACCAGACUGAUGGACAGUGGACUUUUCCGUGGAUUGUAAGGUCGACUGCACGCCCCCGGAUACCGUCUGAGACUGUCUACCGCAACCUUUCAAUUCCCCGCGGCCUCGUGCUCAUCUUUAAUUAUUACUUUACUGGACAAGGUACUAAUGAGCGUAGAGGCGCCAAGCGGGACAGCUUCAACCUCAAGACUCUCUUCGGCCACAUGGGUUACAUGGUGUACUUGUACGAGGAUCUAAGUAAGUCGGACACAGAGGAGAAACUCAGGGAUCAGCAAGAGAACCAGUACCUCUGUCAUUUCGAUUCCUUCAUCGUGUUCGUCUUGAGCCACGGGAAGGAUGACUCGUUCUCCUGCGGGGACGGGGAAAUGAUGUCACUGAAAAACGUGCGGAGCUACUUCACAGACAACAACUGUCGGGGCCUCAUCAGUAAGCCCAAACUCUUCUUUGCAAACUACUGCCGCGGGAACUUCGUUGAACCACAUAUUCAGUACGACAGUUUACCUCCCCCGCCAGUCCAGCAGGUGGCGCCCAGGGACAUGAUGACCUUAUAUUCCUGCAUCGAUAGUUUCCAAGCGCCGCGGCACGAGGAGCGUGGCACUGUAUUCGUGCAGGUGUUGUGUGAGGUGCUGGCUGAGCACGCCCAUGACAUGAAUAUGCAAGACCUCAUUAUCAAAAUAAACAGCCUCACAAAGACACGUGGAGGCGCCACUCCGGAGUCUCAGAUGUAUGAUUUCAAAACAUUCUACUUCAACCCGUACCAGCAGUAACGCCGCCGCGCCACCAUUGCGCCUGCAGGAAGGAAGAACUGCGUGGGAGAGCGUGGAACAGGAGGCACCCACCCUGCUGCCUUGAAUUUUGUGGUGACGGGUCAGUGUGAGGAUGGAGGAAUGUAACGUGAUUAGUGUCCAGGGUAACGGUAUAAUGAUUUUUCCAAGUUUGAAGACGCGGAUGUCCACUACACGAAUCAAUGGUUAUUGUUGUUGUUGUUGUUGUUGUUGUAGGUUAUUAACACAGUAAUCUUAUCGUGGGCGUGUUGUUAUUCUGGGAAACAUAGUCAUGCUAAUAAUAAAUGAUUGAUCCUU